UGGAAAAAGGACUUUGUGAAACGGCAGCGAUGUCAGUCCAGGUUGUGGCAGCGAAAAUGGCCGAGGUUGAGCUCCAAGACGUCCCCAGCAAAGAAUCGCCGGCUGAAUCUCCGGUGACACCGAACUCGGAGGAUAAAAAGCUCGUCAAAACCGAGCCGCAUGAGGUCGGUUCAUCCGCCACGACCCCCACGGCGGAGCCCUCCGUAAAAGCCGGCGACCCGAGCCCGGGCUUGCUCACCCCGAACCCCGCGAAGAUGCCCCAGGCAUCGGCGAUGAGGCGUCCGGACCAGCAGCAAAACGGCGGAGACGCUUUCGUCAACCGUGACGGCACCGUCGCCGAAGCCCCGCGGAUGAAAAAGAUUCAGUUUGCGGACCAGAAGCAGGAGUUUAACAAGCGUCCCAGCAAGAUUGGCCGACGCUCACUGUCCCGCUCCAUCUCCCAGUCCUCCACAGACAGCUAUAGCUCAGCGGCGUCAUACACAGACAGCUCAGACGAUGAGACGUCUCCCCGCGACAAACAGCAGAAAAACUCCAAGGGCAAUGGAGACUUCUGCAUCAAAAACAUCAAACAGGCAGACUUUGGGCGCAGAGAGAUAGAGAUUGCUGAGCAAGAGAUGCCGGCCCUGAUGGCUCUGAGGAAGAGAGCCCAAGGGGAGAAGCCCCUGGCAGGGGCAAAGGUGGUGGGCUGCACCCAUAUCACUGCCCAAACUGCUGUGCUGAUGGAGACUCUGUCUGCCUUGGGAGCUCAGUGCAGGUGGGCCGCCUGCAACAUCUACUCCACCCAAAAUGAAGUAGCAGCUGCCCUGGCAGAAGGAGGUUUCAGCGUCUUUGCGUGGAAGGGCGAGUCAGAGGAUGACUUCUGGUGGUGUAUCGAUCGCUGUGUCAACCUGGAGGGCUGGCAACCCAACAUGAUAUUGGAUGAUGGUGGAGACCUUACUCAUUGGAUCUAUAAAAAAUACCCCAACAUGUUCAAGAAGAUCAAGGGUAUUGUGGAGGAAAGUGUUACUGGUGUGCACAGGCUGUACCAACUGUCCAAGGCAGGGAAGCUGUGUGUUCCAGCCAUGAACGUCAACGACUCUGUGACCAAGCAGAAGUUUGACAACCUCUACUGCUGCAGGGAGUCCAUCUUGGAUGGACUGAAGAGGACCACUGAUGUCAUGUUUGGAGGCAAACAGGUGGUGGUGUGCGGAUAUGGUGAGGUGGGUAAGGGUUGCUGUGCUGCCCUCAAGGCAAUGGGCUCCAUUGUGUACGUCACAGAGAUCGAUCCAAUCUGUGCUCUGCAGGCCUGCAUGGACGGCUUCAGGCUGGUGAAACUGAAUGAAGUCAUCAGACAAGUGGACAUUGUCAUCACCUGCACAGGUAAUAAGAACGUGGUGGUGAGGGAGUACCUUGACCGUAUGAAGAAUGGCUGCAUUGUGUGCAACAUGGGACACUCCAACACCGAGAUUGAUGUGGCCAGUCUGCGGACCCCUGAGCUGACAUGGGAGAGAGUGCGCUCUCAGGUGGACCACGUCAUCUGGCCGGAUGGCAAGAGGAUAGUCCUGCUGGCUGAGGGUCGUCUGCUGAAUCUCAGCUGCUCCACAGUUCCCACCUUUGUGCUCUCCAUCACCGCCACCACUCAGGCACUGGCUCUGAUCGAGCUGUACAAUGCCCCAGAGGGACGCUACAAGCAGGAUGUUUACCUACUGCCCAAGAAAAUGGAUGAGUAUGUGGCCAGCCUACAUCUUCCCACAUUCGAUGCCCAUCUCACGGAGCUGUCUGACGAGCAGGCCAAAUAUCUAGGCUUGAACAAGAAUGGGCCCUUCAAACCAAACUACUACAGGUAUUAAACCAACAUCGAGGUGGAAUAAAAACAAAAAUAAUAAUCGCACAGACCCGGAGAAGGGGAGGAGAAAGAGGGGAAGGGGGGGAAACAGUCACACACCUGCUUUAUAAAACAAGAUUGGGGGUGGGGUGGGGGUGGGGCGUUUGCUGUGCUACUAGCGGUCAUUUUAUUUAUUCACGCUAGAUGAUGAAAACAUUAACUUAGUUUGUCAAGCUGCUCCUGCCAUUCACUGCUAGCUAGCUAGCGCCCUGUCAACCAACGACAGUUUCCCCCCGUCUUCAUCGCAGCCGUCUCUCUUUUAGACGCUCAUGUGUCAAAUUGUACAUAAAUUCUCCACCCCACCCUGUUACCAGGUUACCUUUUACCUACAAGAGAUAGUUAUCAAUGCUAAAAAGAUACAAAAAAAAACUUGAUUUUAAAAAAAAAAUCUGUGUGAAUGAAGAUGACCUUGAUGAUUUUAGUGAAAUUGUUUCCCUUAAUUGUAUUUUUUUUUACUUUCAUUUAUUUUGUUUUUUCCUUUUCUGUGAUACCAAGAGGGGCGUGGCUAGGUGGGAUCUCAGGGUCCAAUCAUAUCUGUCUUUUUAUUUGAUUGUUUCAUCGGGAUUGACCAUGUGUCUGUUUUAAAGUGUUUUACUUGUUUUCUUAAAUCAGAUUGUAGUUUUGACGGUUCCUUUUUAUUGCGACUGGAAGGCGACCGCUAAAGUGGGACGUGGCCUUCAUCGUAGACUGGAGAGAGAGAAGCCCCCGGUUUACUCGUCACUUAAAAUCCCAUGGCUUUUUAAAUAAUUUCUUGGCUUCGGGCUGCCGACACGAGGCCAGCAUUGAAGCAAGGAAACGUGUUUUCAGCCACCUUGUUAGGUUUAUUUUUUCUUUCGAUUUUUUUCCUUUACCAAGAAUUACUAUACUGUAUUAGAAGCAUGGCAGGUUAUCAAAUCAUAACAAGGGGUAUAUAUAUUUAGAUAUUUAUAUAGAAAUUAAGAUUUUUCUAUCUUUUUUUUUUCCUCCUCCGCUGUCUAAUAUCAUUUACCUUUGGACAAAGAAUCAACCUUUAUGUUAUCAUAAAGAUGAGCAAUUUAAACGUUCUAUGAUAAUGCUAAGUGUAAUAAAUGUACUGAAACCCUCAUUUUGAAUACUGUGACAGAGAAUAUUUACAGAGAUACCAAAUGUACAGUAAUUUUCCUGCCAGUCUGGUACUUAAGUAAAGUAUGGUGCUGUUAAAAUAUGCUAUACUUACAAGCCACUAUGUUCUGGUACCCACAGCUACGGUCACGGGGUCGACCGAGCCAUUUUAGAUAGCGAAGAAGGCUUCGUGUCGACGACAAAAUCAAAAAUGUAGUCCGAGUAAUCGGGGACCUUCAGUUCACAGUGUUGCAAAUCUCUCACAAAUUUGUGUGUUUGUGGUGGAAGGAAAUUUUCACCCUUUUUUAAGGAUUCCCAAAUUUAGUGUGUAGAUCAUGAUGUUGUGUGUUUAUUUUUGUUUUGUUUUUCGUUUUUUUUUUUAUGUCUAAGAAGGUCAAAUUUCUCUGGCAUGAUAAGCGGCACCAUCCUUGGUAGUUCGUACCCAGCUGACCUGACUGGAAAUUGGAAAUGGGAAAUCAUUGACAGCCGGUGCACAAUGCCGCUGCUGGUCCUUGACCUGAACCAGAUGGCUCUCCAAAUGCUGCAGGGCUUCUAUGCAUGUCUGGGAAAUGAAUUUGACCGUUUCCAGGUCUUUGAACGGUUUAGGAAUUGCACAAAAAAAUAGGUCUUGAAAAGUAUAUUUGUUCAAUCCAAAGUGUCAUGUUUUUCGUUAUGAACAACUAUCCUAAGUGUGAUGUGUCCCACUUGACAGUUUUACUACUCGGCCACUGGCGGGCCUCCGUCACUGAAGACAGAACAUCUCUGGAUUCGGUUAAAAGAGCUUGAGGUCUGAAAAAAAAAAAGCGUGGAAUUCUUAAAAUGGGAAAACGUAGGAAUACCCCUCCAUGACACCCGUGUUAACGCCACGGUGUGACAAGGGCCCCCAUACUGUGUCACCCCCCGACAUCGAUGUCACGUUGUCCGGUGCCACGCUUUGCGCAUUUCCGUCCCUCAUCUCCACCAAUCAAAUCGCACGCGCCGGCCGUCUACGUCGCCCACAUCAGCACCGCUUCACCGUCUCCUUGUCCUGUUGAGAACCACUUCUUAGUCGUCUUAUCUGUUAGCAACCCCUGGGUCGGCCCGAGCCUUUUUGUUACCCACAUGGCUGCGGCGCCCUAAGCGGCUGCCUAGUCUGCCCACACCUCGGGUCGGCCCUGUUGGACCCGUUGUCUUAAGUCGUAUAUUUCCUCCAUGCACCCCGAGCGUGGUUUUAGUGAGUUCUAGCGAUUAUGUGAUUACGCGGGUGAAAGGCGAGCCAGUAUGACGUGUGUGUGUGCGUGUGUGUGCGCGCGCGCGCCUGUCAGUCUGUCUCGGUGUGUUUGUGUGUAAUAGCCUCCUGUUUUUCUAGGACAGGGUUGCUCUGUUAACAACUGCCUCAGGAUCCUAGCCUGCGCGAUAAGGGGAGAAAUUCAUUUCUCGGUCCCUUAGGCUGACAAAUACAUGGGUGGAGUGGGAUGACACCAGCAUAUAUAUGUAUAUGAAAUAUACACACCGAAAUGAAGAAAUGACCACCUCUACAGAGUAGGAACAAACACGGACUCAACACCUGUAUUUAUUGUUGUAAAUCCUCCUAAAGUACGAACUGGCAACACUCUCAGACAUAUUUAAAUUGUCAAAUAAAACUUAAGUUUAAAUAUUGCAAAUGAUAAAAGGUAGAUGAUGAGCAAUAAUUUAAAAAUAUCUGUAAUCUUAAUGAAUAAAGAUGUAAAAAAAGUGA